GCAUCUGGGGUAUAUUCCAGGGUUAGGGUUCUUCCGCAGGUAUGGCGCAGCAGCAGAGCUUGUCGGAGAUGAAUCCGGACCUCCUCCCCACGGACGAGGAGCUGGUGUACGAGGAGGAGAUCCUCCGGAAUUCCUACUCCAUGCGCCUCUGGUGGCGCUACAUUCAAGCCAGGUUUGAUGUCCCCUUCCGCAAGAGGAUCAUCCUCUACGAGCGCGCGCUCAAGUUCCUCCCCGGGAGCUACAAGCUGUGGCAUUCCUACCUCCUGGAGCGCAUGGAGGCCGUGCGCGGCCUCCCGCCGGGCCACGCGAGCUUCGAAUCCGUCAACAACACUUUCGAGCGCGCGCUCGUCACAAUGCACAAGAUGCCCAGGAUUUGGCUGCUCUACCUCCAGUCCCUGGUCGAGCAGAGGUAUGUCACCAAGGCCAGGAGGACGUUCGACCGGGCGCUCUUCUCGCUGCCCGUGACGCAGCACGAGAGGAUCUGGGAGCUCUAUCUCAGGUUCGUGAGGCAACCCGGCGUGCCCAGCGAGACGGGAUUUAGAGUUCAUCGGCGGUUCCUCAAGUUUGAGCCGUCACACAUGGAGGACUUCAUCGAGUUCUUGAUGGAUUCCGGCAAGUGGCAAGAGGCCGCCGAGCGCCUGGCCGAGGUUCUCAACGAUCAGAGCUUCCAGUCCGUCAAGUCCAAGACGCGGCACCAGCUAUGGCUUGAGCUUUGCGAUUUGCUCACCAAGCAUGCACACGAGGUGUCGGGGCUCCAGGUGGAUGCGAUCAUCCGGGGUGGGAUCCGGAACUUUACGGACGAGGUCGGGCGCUUGUGGACUUCCUUGGCGGAUUACUACGCGCGGUUGUCGCUGUUCGAGAAAGUCAGGGAUGUGUACGAGGAGGGGAUGACGACGGUCACCACGGUCAGGGACUUUAGCCUCAUCUUCGAUGCGUACUCCAAGUUUGAGGAGAGUUUGCUCUCUGCCAAGAUGAGCCGGAUGGGAGAGGAGGAUGAGGAGUCCGAGGAGGAACUGGAUGAGUCGGAGAUGGUGGAAGUGGAUGCGGAUGGGAACACGGUGGCGCUGCCGGAAAAGGAGCUAAAGAAGCGUAGGAGGGAGAGGAAGAUUCUAGCGCAGUGGAAGAAGGGUAAUCUCAAGGAUUUCUGGGUGUUUGAUGAGAACGACGUCGACUUGCUCCUGGCGAGGUUUUCGUACUUGAUCGAGCGGAGGCCCGAGCUUCUUAGCAGCGUGGUGCUCAGGCAAAAUCCCCACAAUGUCCAUGAGUGGCACAAGCGAGCGAGUCUUUUCAAGGACAAUCCUGCUCGCCAAGUCAGAACUUAUACUGAGGCGGUGAUGACUGUGGACCCCUUCAAAGCUGUCGGGAAGUAUCACUCCCUGUGGACAGCUUACGCGCACCUAUACGAGUCGCAGAACGACUUGAAGAACGCUCGGGUGGUGUUUGAGAAAGCAGUUCAGAAGAUUUACAGGACAGUGGACGACCUCGCGAGCCUGUACUGCGCCUGGGCCGAGAUGGAGAUGAAGCACAAAAACUACAAAACUGCUCGAGACAUCCUCAAGAAGGCGACAAUGGAGCCGUCUUUCGCGACGAAGAAGCUGAUGCAAGGGGACCGUGAUCUUCCCGUUCAGAUGAAGCUUUACAAGUCACUCAAGCUGUGGUCGACUUACGUGGAUUUGGAAGAGAGCCUGGGUACUCUCGAGUCUACUCGAAAGGUCUACGAUCAGAUUCUGGUGCACAAGAUAGCUACGCCGCAGAUUAUCAUCAACUAUGCGGCGAUGCUGGAGGAGAACAAGUACUUUGAGGACGCGUUUGGGGUGUACGAGAAAGGUGUCCAGGUUUUCAAGUAUCCUCAUGCACGGGAUAUCUGGACAACGUAUCUCACGAAGUUUGUCCAACGCUACGGUGGGAAGAAGCUGGAAAGAGCAAGGGACUUGUUUGAGCAGGCCGUCGAGAAGGUUACUCCGGAGGAUGCGAAACCAGUUUAUCUACAAUAUGCAAAGCUUGAAGAAGACUUUGGACUAGCGCAACGCGCGAUGAAAAUCUACGAUCGGGCGACUAAGGCAGUUCCCGAUGGUGAAAAGCUGAGCGUCUAUGACAUCUACAUUGCCAGAGCAGCUGAGAUAUAUGGCGUUCCUAAGACACGGGAUAUCUACGAGGAAGCUAUUCAAUCCGGUCUUCCAGACAAAGACGCGAAGCUUAUGUGUCUGAAGUUUGCAGAGCUGGAGAGGACGUUGGGAGAGAUCGAUCGGGCUCGUGCUAUUUACAUCUACGCGUCGCAAAUGGCAGAUCCACGGUCAGAUACCGAGGUCUGGUCGAAAUGGCAUGACUUCGAGGUUACGCAUGGAAACCACGAUACUUUCAAGGAGAUGCUCCGGAUCAAACGUAGCGUGCAUGCCAGCUACACUCAGAUGCACAUGAUAAUGCCGGAGUACUUGAUGCAACGAGAUCAAGGACGGCUCUCUCUGGAAGAAACAGUAGACACUCUGAAGCGCGCCGGGGUUCCAGAGGACGAAAUGGCCGCUCUCGAAAGGCAGAUUGCUCCGGUCGGCCAGACGCAGCCUCCGUCGACGCUGAAAGAAGGUUUGAGGCAGCUGGGAUUUGUGAGCGCUGGAGUCCAGGCGGCCGAAGGGAGGAUCCUUGCUCCCGGAGACGCGAAAAAGAAUCCGGACGAGAUAGAGUUGCCGGAGAGCGACGAGGAAGACGAGACUGGCGAGAAGCUCGUCCAAAAGGCUGUUCCCGACGCGGUGUUUGGAGGAUUGGCUCACAAGGCCGAGAAUGGAGGAAAAGAAGACGAUGGAAAAGCUCCAGCAAAUCCAAAGGCCGGGAAGGAGAACAACAGGGACAAAGACGAACCUCUGGGAGCUCUUGAGAGGCUCAAGAGGCAACGACGGGCUUGACGGGCUUGACGGGCUUGACGGGGUGGGCGAAUUUUGUACUAUGUGACGUGCUGACUUGGAACUAACCUUGUGGGACACGUGUUGCUCUUGUGGUAUAAUAUCUUUGCCCUA